AUCAGGUUUGCGCGCGAAAAUCUGUGGAGCUGGUUAUUGAGUCUACACGGUUCUCAUGUGGCAGUUAAAUUCCGCUACCCCGCUCAGUAGCGUUUCAUUGUAUUCCGCCUAUCGACGUGCAAAACUCAGAGACAUGGCUGAAACCGCUCCAGCUGCCGCUGCCCCGCCGGCUAAAGCUCCCAAGAAGAGAUCGGCGUCUAAACCCAAGAAAACGGGCCCGAGCGUCAGGGACCUGAUCGUCAAGACUGUGUCCGCGUCCAAAGAGAGGAGUGGCGUGUCCCUCGCCGCCCUGAAGAAGGCUCUUUCUGCGGGUGGCUACGAUGUGGAGAAGAACAACUCCCGCGUCAAGCUCGCCAUCAAGAGUUUGGUGACCAAUGGAACCCUGGUCCAGACCAAAGGUACCGGCGCCUCUGGCUCCUUCAAACUCAACAAGAAGCAAACCGAAACCAAGAAGAAACCUGCAAAGAAAGCCCCCGCGAAAGCAAAGAAGCCUGCUGCCAAGAAACCCACCGCCAAGAAAUCCCCCAAAAAGGUGAAGAAACCGGCCGCCACCGCUGCAAAGAAGGCAACAAAGAGCCCCAAGAAGGCCAAGAAGCCUGCAGCUGCAAAGAAACCAACCAAGAGCCCCAAAAAAGCCAAAAAGCCUGCAGCUGCUAAGAAGCCCGCCAAGAGCCCCAAGAAGGCCAAGGCAGUCAAACCCAAAACGGCGAAGCCUAAGGCAGCCAAGCCUAAAAAGGCGGCUCCCAAAAAGAAAAAGAGGAGAGGGUUUGCAAGCGUGUACGUCUGCUGACUGAAAGACAGGGGCGUAACUUGGAAGUUGUCCAAAUCACACAGAACCACGAGAGAUGUCAAAACGAUAAGUUGUUGGCAAUAUGGCCGCUUUAAACAGGGCACAAGAGUAGAAUAUUGAUUACGUUCUUAAGGAAAGCAGGCGUUUUAGGCAGGAUUUGAUGCAUAAUGUGUGAGUGGAUAUUAAUGUUAGGGGACAAUGUGAGUGAUGUUUUAGUAGGAAAACCUAUUAUGUGAUCCACUCUCCUGAACAUAAGAAGGCGGUAUAAUGCACCAAUAAGCUGGAUGCCAACCGUCAUUAAACUGGAAAGAAGACGAAUGACAACUUACUGGACAGAUGAGACACGGUGUUUAUCUGCUGAAGAGUGACUGAUGAAGAAAUGCUGCCAUCAAAGGAUUGGUAUCUUCUGUGGUGGAGCAGGACCUGCAAGGAAAGGUGAAAAAAAGGGAAAACCUGAAACAAAAGAAUAAAGUGUAUGCAGGACAUUAAAAUGCCUGCAGACUGGUGUGUGCACUGAGGAUGGAGAAGUCCACUGCAUCAUCCUGGAAAAGGUCCAGAGACACGGAUGAGACGCUCAAUCACUCCUGCUCUUACGGUCUCAUCAGGACCAGAUGCUGCUGUGGUCUCUUCAUCCUCAGUGACCCCAGAGCAGCGAGAACAUCUAGAGAAAGACCACAAGACACUGAGGAUGUGAUUUUGGCAAAAAUACGAUGGAGCUUUUAUCAGAGGCCUAAAAUCCCCUGAUCAACCUAAAGAGCCUUGCUCAAGGACACACGGGUGGUUUAGCCCACUACAAAAGUUAUAAAUCAAUGCAUUGUAAACUCUGUGUAAAUGUUUUCCAUGUAGUGGUGCUCAUGGAGAGUUUGAAUGAAGCUUUGUUUCAUGUGUUGUUGACUUGCACAUGUAUGCAUUUAUUGUGAUGCUAACUUUUAUACAUUCUUUAUUUCAUGUCAUUUAGACAUGUUUAUUGUCAGUAAAUAAAAUAAAAAUAUUUUAUCCAUUAAUGUA